AUGUACGCUGAAAUUGCCUCGGACAAUAUCAAAGACAAGAAAGCUUUGCUCGCUGAAGGGAAGGUAUACACCCUAAAGAGAUUCAGGGUGCUCAAAUCAAAACCCUCUUACAGACCUGUUGACUCAGAAUUUAUGAUCGAAAUUACCUGUCAUACCUUGAUUGAAGAGAACAGUGGCCACCAAUCUACCAUUCCGCUAUACACCUAUAGUCUAACGCGAUUCUCUGAUUUGCCUACGCUUGUUGGGGAGACCAGGCACUUUAUUGAUGUUAUUGGUUUAAUCACUGAGGUUGCUGAUACAACCACACUCCAGCUAGCUAAUCAAAGCAAACCCACAACCCGAAGGGCUAUCACAUUGAGAGACAACAGCAACUAUGAGAUCAAACUGUAUCUUUGGGGACAAAGAGCUUCUGAAUUUAAUGCUGAUGAAAUAUACACAAUUGGCCAAAAAGAACCAGUUGUGGCUAUCUUUGUUGGACUUCUUAUGAAAUCUUACAGAGGCGAACAUUCGCUAAGUGGUAAUACAGCUUGCCGGUGGUACAUAAAUCCUAAUCUCCCUGAAGCUCACACUGUCCUAGCAAACCUCCACGGUAGUUUCCAGCCUGUGCAACACGCCGCAAUGGAUCAGCAGCCUCCUAUUCCCCAGCUCCCACCUGCUGAACCAGAACAGAAAACUUUAGAGGCGAUGUUUAGUAUCAGUCCAUACGACUUCCCAGUUAAGUAUACUACCAGUUUUAACUUCAAUUGA